CAACGCAUGCGCAAACUCAAUUCCGGAUUUUUCGCAAUGUUUAUAAUUUUUGGAUUGAAAUCGAAUUAAAUAGCCACGAAAAGCCAUACCAAGCGACUUAUAUAUAGCAUAAGCAUAUACAAAUAUCAUUCAAUCGAUUAGUUAUGUAGAUAAACUGGAUGCUUUCAUUUGUAAAUAAGUAGCACACAUCAAUUAAACUCUAUUGGGUGGUGAUCAAUAAACCAAUUAGGCAAUUUAUUAAUUUUGCAAGGAGUAAUCUGACGUUGCUCCAGUCUGGUCUAGUCACCAUGGCUGACAUGACAAUGGAGGCAGAUGCAGGGGACCAAUCAGAGAGCAGCAGUAUGUAUGGUACCCUGGAUGCAUUCAUCAUCGAUAAGAAAAUUGGCAAAGGCCAGUUUUCAGAGGUUUACAGGGUCAUCUGCAAAGCAACUGGCAGUGUUCUUGCUCUAAAGAAAGUACAGAUCUUUGAAAUGAUGGAUGCAAAGGCCAGACAAGACUGCAAGAAAGAAAUAGAUCUCCUGAAGCAACUGAACCAUCCCAACGUGAUCAAGUACCUGGAGUCAUUCAUUGAAGACAAUGAGCUGAACAUAGUCUUGGAGCUAGCGGACGCUGGGGAUCUUUCACGGAUGAUCAAGCACUUCAAGCGGCAGACACGCAUGAUUCCCGAGAAGACGAUCUGGAAGUACUUCAUACAGAUCUGCAGCGCGCUCAACCACAUGCACUCUAGGCGCAUCAUGCACCGCGACAUCAAGCCUGCGAACGUGUUUAUCACAGCCCAGGGCGUAGUGAAGCUUGGUGACCUGGGGCUGGGCAGAUUCUUCAGCUCCAAGACAACGGCCGCACACUCACUAGUUGGCACUCCUUACUACAUGUCCCCUGAAAGGAUCCAUGAAAAUGGAUACAACUUCAAGUCCGAUAUCUGGUCACUGGGGUGUCUUCUCUAUGAGAUGGCGGCCCUUCAGUCCCCUUUCUACGGAGACAAGAUGAACCUGUACUCUCUGUGUCAGAAGAUAGACAAGUGUGAUUACCCGCCCCUGCCCUCCGAUGUCUACUCUGAUCAGCUGCGUAAGCUGGUGGCCAUGUGUAUCAACCCUAUACCUGAGCAGCGGCCCGAUAUCUCCUAUGUAUACCAUGUGGCCCAGGAGAUGCAUGCUCACUUCCAGGGUCAGGCUCAACAACAUCAGCUACUCAUGCAGCAGCAACAACAGUUGCAACAGCAGCAGCAGCGCCACUUUCAGCAGCUUUCCCCCGAGCAGCAGCACCAGCUGCUGGUACAGCAAGGCAACAUCCAGAUAGUGGGGGCACAGCAGCUCUCCCCACAGCAGCAACAAAUGCUGUUUCAGCAGCAGUAUCAGCUUCAGCAGCAACCACAGUACCAGCAGCAACAGCAGCAGGCGUUGUUGCAGCAGCAAAUGCUCCAGAAGCAGGGCACGGCUGAGAAUAAACAGAUGUUAUAAGCAGGGCUUCUUUUUGCCAUCUUUGUGAAGCAGCCUCUUGCCCCUCAAUUUGUAAAAAAAUUAGUAGCAAACAUUUCAAAAAUGUGAAACAAAUCGUUGCAUAUUUUCCAAAGUUGCGAAAAUCUGAGUAGUGAAAUUUGCAAUAUUGUAAAAAUUAGACUUUUUGUUAAAAAUCACCAUUCUCCAAGAAACAAAAAAAGGCCCUGCUAGGAGCGACGGAUAAUGUUUGUGGCGUCUGUUGGCUGUGCACAUCGUGAAAAUGUUGUUUUUUCCUGGCUGCAUGACUUUUACAAAUCUUACUUGCAAUAAGCCUCCUUUUAGGAAAUUGGGCUGAAUGUGUGUUGGCAAAGUGUCCUCCCAGAUUAGCCUGUGCAGUUCCUAUUUUAUGAUAUUUUUUAUUGAAAAGAAGUCAUUUCUUAGGAGAAAAUGAAGACAUUUCAGAUAAGGCAUAAGGUGUCAACCCAGAUUAGCCUGUGCUGACUUCACAGGCUUAUCUUAAACA